AUGGAAAAGACGCAUGUUGUUAUUGUAGGCGCAGGACCGGUUGGCCUGUUUACGGCCUACCUCCUCGCCCGGCAGAAGAUUAAGUGCAUUGUCUUGGAGAGGCGCCACGGCGUGUCGGAGCACCCCAAAGCCCACACUAUCAACCCCAGAACGCUCGAAAUCUUCCGUCAGGCCGGAUUGGAUGUAGCUUACAUCCGGAAAUAUGCAGCCGGGGCCAGAGAUGCUGGAUCUGUACGUCUUGUCUAUGGUCUAGCCGACGCUGAGAUCGGCUCCUUCCCCUACGAACGCCAAGACGACGAGGUACGCAGCCUGACGCCAGAGCCUCUUGUAAACUGGCCACAGCCGGAGCUUGAGAGACUACUCCAGAAGUCGGUGAUUGAGACAGGGCUCGUUCAUAUCAGGAGAGGGUGGCAGGUUGAUUCAGUUAACAUGAUGACGGAGACAACGGGGGUAGAAACUGGCUGUGUCUGCGUCGUCUCAUGCAGCAGCAGCAGCAACAGCAGCAACAGCAACACCAGUUCCACUAGACUACGCAGGGACGCAGACGGAGACACGACCCGACACAAAUGCAUUCAGGCUGAUUUUGUCAUUGGCGCUGACGGCGUGAACUCGACUGUGCGAGAAAAGAUGGGCGGCAUCGAAUUUCAAUCCAUGGGACCAGGCUACGCGUAUCAGUCGGUCAUCUACAGGGGCAGUCUGCGCUCGGCGCUUCCGGCUGAUCGCGAGGCUAUGCUCUACUUUUGCUUCCACCCCGAUCAUCCGAGCCAGUUUAUUGCACACCGUCUCGAUACCUCCUUCGUCCACGUCACGCCUGUGAUGGACACGGUGCCGUUGCCGUCGGCUGGUGCACAACAACGCAAGGCAGCGGCAGCACGAUCAUCGCCCGAGGCCUGCCUCCCGGGUCUGCGGUACACCGAGGUUCUUCGUACCAUCUGGGAGACUGCCCCGCGUGUGGCAAGCUCAUACAGUGAUGCGAAGCACGGCCGCGUGUUUCUCGUUGGAGAUGCCGCCCACAGCUUGCCGCCCCAAGGUGGCCUGGGUCUAAACACAGGCAUUGCCGACGCACACAACCUGGUGUGGAAGCUGGUUUCCAUCAUGCAGAACAAAGGCAACUCUUCGCACCUCCUCUCCAGCUACACUCGCGAGCGCCGGCCCGUCGCACUCGCGAACCUCGAGUACUCAAAGGCCAGCGAAGCGGCUUUCUACUCGGUCAGCACCACGCUGGUGGGCGUCGCCGUCCAGUACCAGGAAGCAAGGGCAGAAGUGCCGGGUCUUGCCAUGGAUGCGUUCCUCCAACAGCCCGUCGUUUGUGCCGGGGUGGCAGGAGCAGUGGCGGAGGCGAGCCAACACUUUGACUCGCUGGCCCUCCAGCUCGGAUUCAUCUAUGACGACGAUCCGUCGAGCACGCGGCCCCUUCUCGACAACCCGACGAGAUACGUGCCGCGAGCGUGUCCCGGGGCCAGACUGCCACAUGGGAUGAUCAGUGGCGAGAAUGACGAUGGUCAUCGUGAUGGUAGGCUGUUGUCCCUCUUGGACCUUGUGCCCUACGAUCGAUUCACCGUGUUGCACCACGCCAACCCCGUAUUCGCGUCUUGCGACUGGGCCAUAGAUGUGGCAGGCCUUGGUAUGCCGGAAGCUUGGCAUGACGCGGUUCCGGAGAUCAAGAAGGGGAAAGGGAUCGUUGUGAGACCGGACCUCCACGUGCUGCUACAUGUAGACAACCCGCGCCAGGCGGAGGAUGCGGUCGCAGAGUAUUUAGACCGAGGUGAAGUGCGGCGCAUAAGGUGA